AUGCUCAGGCGCCCAACAACCCCGACCGUCUGGGCCCGUCGUCCUUGGGUCUGCACUCAAUGCCGAGCCCGGUAUUCCUCCGUCGCGCCGGCAUCGAAUCUCCGCGCUGGCAAUAACAAUACGAUCAACAAGAAGACCAAGUUGCCUGACUCGCCGGCGAGGACUCGAUUCGCACCGUCCCCGACUGGUUAUCUUCAUUUGGGAUCUUUGCGAACGGCCCUGUUCAAUUACCUUUUGGCGAAGCGCACCGGGGGACAGUUCUUGCUGCGCAUUGAGGAUACGGAUCAGAAACGUACAAUUCCGGAUGCUGAGCAGAGGCUUUAUGAUGACCUUCGGUGGGCUGGAUUGCACUGGGAUGAAGGUCCGGUCGUCGGUGGUCCGUACGGUCCUUACAGACAGUCCGAACGAACCGCCAUUUACCGCUCCCACGCGCAGGAGCUGAUCGAGAACGGCCACGCCUACCGCUGCUUCUGCUCUGCCGAUCGAUUGGACGCUUUCGCCAGACAUCGCAGCCAAGCUGGACUGCCGGCCGGCUACGAUAGGAAAUGCGGGGAGGUCUCAGCGGAGGAGUCGGAAGAGAGAGCGGCCAAGGGCGAAGCGCAUGUCGUUCGACUGAAGGUGGAGGGAUACCCGAUGUUCAAUGAUCUGGUGUACGGAAAGACAGGCCAGAACCGCUCGCCGAACAAGUUGGAUCUGAUCGAGCGUGUCUAUGAUGAUCCCAUCUUGAUCAAGUCCGACGGACACCCGACCUAUCAUCUGGCGAACGUGGUGGAUGAUCAUCUCAUGAAGAUCACCCAUGUCAUUCGAGGAACGGUAAGCUGCGAUGGAAGAGAUGCCAAAGAAGAUGCACAAGCUCACACUCUAAUCAGGAAUGGAUGCCCUCGACCCCCAUGCACGUCGCGCUCUACAACGCCUUCAAGUGGACGCCUCCGCAGUUCGGCCACGUACCUCUGCUAG